AUGUCUGUGGAAAGGUCGUUUGAGGCAUGGGAAGAGGUGCAGCGUCACGGGCUGGACCUGGCUGACCGGCUUGCCCAGGGUUUCAGCGGAUUGAUUCAUUCGCAUAUGAAUCCUCCGCAGUUUGUGUGGCCGAACCCUCCGAAAUCGAAGCUCUUUGAUCUAGAGUUCCCAUCGCAGAGCUUCGGGAAGAGGGAUUUCGCUUUGGCAACUGAGGAAUAUGGGAUUAAUGGCGUAUCGGCGAUUUUCGACAUCGGGAACAGGAUCGGGCAGGCUGGGGCGGACUUUGGGGCCAGCUUGAAUGGGCUGGUUCAGCAGUUUUUCCGGUCGUUGCCCGUGCCGGUACCGUUCAAGCAUGAGGAAACUUCGGUGAGGGUGGAGGGUGGGGAUAAGGGGUGGCAGAGAGGAGGAGUUGGGCUUUCUGUGCAGGAGGAUUUGGGGUUGGGGUCGCUUAGUGAGAGGUUGAAGAAUCAUGGGUUUGCUGAGAGUGUUAGUGGUAGUGGCAGUGGAAGCACCGAAGAAGAGGGUGGUGGUGGGUUUAACCUUGGAUCGAUUGGUCUUAUGGGCAGGCGUCAGGGAAUCAUAAAUUUUACGUCAACAUAUGAUAGUAGAACUCAAGAAGUGGAAGGUUCUUUAGUUGCCAGGGGAGAUUUAUGGAGAUUAGAGGCAUCACAUGGUGGUUCUACAUCUGGAAAUGAAAAUUCAUCUCUUUUCUUAGUUCAGCUUGGACCUCUCCUCUUUAUCCAAUGGAAUGCACUCUCUUUGUCCAGCAGUGUGGUCAAAACACAGAAGGUGGCUGCUAAUGUCCAUGCUUUGCCUGAAUCCCGUAGCUUGUGUAAGUUGAUAGAUUAUGCUUUUAUGAUGCCUCCAAAAAUAUUUUCAUUUGUGGAUCUUCAAUUCCCCAAUGGGCAACUAACCUACGUAUCUGGUGAGGGCCUAAGUACCAGUGCUUUCCUUCCUGUCUGUGGAGGUCUUCUUCAAGCGCAGGGUCAAUAUCCUGGAGAAAUGAGAUUUAGCUUUUCAUGCAAGAACAAGUGGGGAACGAGAAUCACACCGAUGGUACAAUUGCCUGACAAAUCCUUUUCUCUGGGUCUUGCUCAAGCCUUGGCCUGGAAGCGAUCUGGUCUCAUGUUGAGACCAUCGAUUCAAUUCAGUGUGUGUCCUACUGUUGGCGGAAGCAAUCCAGGGUUGCGGGCAGAGCUCAUUCAUUCAGUUAAAGAGAAACUUAAUCUAAUUUGUGGAUGUGCUUUCAUGACAUAUCCUUCUGCAUUUGCGUCAGUAUCUAUUGGCAGAUCAAAGUGGAACGGAAAUGUGGGGAAUUCGGGUCUUGUUUUAAGAGUUGAUGUCCCCCUCUCCACUGUUGGGCGUCCUUCCUUCUCCAUUCAAAUAAAUAGUGGCAUCGAGUUUUGA